AAAAAUUUUUCAACUUUUUUUCCUUUUCUUUAAAGUUACAUUUUGUAAUUCAUCCACAAUUUGAUGCAAAAAUUUAAUAAAUAAUUAUGGAACUUCAAAAAUAUGAUGGGAAUAUUCAUCCAGAUGAAUGGAUAAAUGAUCUUCGAACGUACUUCAAUAUUAAUCCAAGCUCAAAAGAUGUAAUCAUCGCUAUAUCAUUAGUUGAUCCUACUAUUAAACUCUCAACAGAUAUCAAUAGUUUUGAGAAAUUACGUAAUGAACUUAAAGAAGAUAGUUCCUUUACAGUAUUUAAGAAUGCAAACAAAAGAAAAUUACAAUUAUUAAAAUAUAUUCCUGGUUGUGAUACUUUAAAAUUUGUUACAACUUUUCGUAAAUUAUGUUAUAAUGGAGAAAUUAAUAAUAUUGAAGAACAAAAGAAAUAUCUUUUUAAAACACUUCCUAUAAGUAAUUUUAAUGACAUUUCAAAUGAAUUUCAUGUGAAAAUGAAAAAUGUCAGUUCACUUAACGAAUUAAUUAAAGAAUUUGAAGAUAUCAUUUUAGAAAAAUCAAAUAUAAUUAAAAGUGGAUCUGUUGUAGCUUUAAAACAUGUUGCAACAGGAAAAUAUUUAAGUUCAAUUAAAAAUUUACAUUAUACAACUGGAAGCAAGAAACAACUGGUUUUCGCAGGAAGCUCAGACUUUAAUCUCAACUCUUUAUGGAAUAUUGAAUUUAAUGGAGAAUUUGCCACUUCCUUUGAUACUUUUGCUUUACGACACAUUAAAUCCAGUUUGUUUCUUGGAAUCAAUUGGGGUUAUUCGCGUUCUUAUUACAAAUCUCCAUCAACUAACCAUACGGAAGUAAGUUGUGAUGGAAAUGAAACCAAAUGGAACUUCAGACACAGUAAAUUAGAAAAUGAUCAAGUAUAUUUAAAAUCAAAUGAUAUUAUUAAUCUUGGCAUCGAGAAAAAGUAUGAUUAUGAUGAAACGAUGCAUUUCAAGAAGUUGUUUGUCAUAAUGAAAGGUUAGGAGGAAAUGAUGUAUGGUGUAUUGAGUUUAUUAAAGAACAUACUUGGUCUGCUUGAAAAGCUGAUGAUAAAAUUUACUUGAUACUGAACAUUAGUGUUUAUUAGUCAAACAUUUUAUUAUGUUAUUCACAUUUCUAAAUAAAAGAGAAAGUCAAUAUAUUUAUAAUUCACUUAACGAAAAGGAAUUUUGUUUGGUUAGGGCAAAAAAUAUUUUAUCACACAUAUCACUACCAAUUAUAUAAAUUUAACGUUUCAUUACCAUUAAUGUGAA